AUGAAGGAAAAAGGACGAAUGCUUUUUGGACUUGAUGAAUCAACUGUGAAACUAAGUCAGAAAAAAAUAGAACAAGAAAAUCAGAAAAAAGGUAAAACAAAAAUUAUAAAAGAUUUAUUUAUACAACAAUCACGGCAGGAACGAAUGAAUCAACAACAAAAAGAAAAAGAAAUUAUUAUUCUUGAUAGUGAUGAUGAUGACUAUGCUCCCGUUAAAAAGUUUCAAAAGGUUGAUAAUUUUAGGACCCCGUCAUCUUUAAACUUUAUGAAGCCACUUGAUUAA